AUGUCUCGUAUGCCAUUAAUACCAGAAAAUCCUCUUGGAUUAUCAUGGCACGAUAGUGCAUGGGUACCUAUAUUAAAUCCGUCAAAUGUAAUGGAUUAUUUUUCUGAGAGAACGAAUCCAUUUUUUGACAGAGCCUGCAAUAAUGAAUUAGUAAAAAUGCAAAGGCUCAACCCAGAACAAUUAAAUAACAUGACUGGUUUAGAAUAUAUUUUGCUCCAUGUGCAAGAGCCUAUACUGUAUGUAAUUCGUAAACAACAUAGACAUUCUCCUACUCAAGCAACACCAUUAGCUGAUUAUUAUAUAGUCGCAGGAAUCGUAUAUCAAGCUCCAGAUUUAGCAUCUGUAAUCAAUUCAAGAUUGCUUUCAACAGUUCAUCAUUUACAAUCAGCAUUGGAAGAAUCAAGUUCGUAUUCCAGGUAUCAUCCAUCCAAGGGAUACACAUGGGAUUUCAAAGAUAAAAAAUUUUCAGAGAAAAAAGAAAAAAAAGAAUUGACUAAAACGGAGCCUAGUUCUCUUUUUCAAAGGCAAAGAGUCGACAUGUUACUCAACGAACUCACUCGUAAAUAUCCACCUCCAAGACCGCCAGGCAUCGUUCAGGCUCAGCAACCUGAACAAGAAAUCAAACAGGAGCCUAAAACAGAAAUUAAAACGGAACCGAAUACGAGUUCUAAAAAUAUGAAACCACCACCGGAAAAGAAACCUAGAACUAAUUAA